AGAAGCAACAUAAAAGGGCCCAAAAUCUCACAUUCAAUUCAACGUUCAAAUCCCAAAAAAAGGUCAAAAAUCAUCUCCGAUUAUUGCAAAUUUUCAUUUAUUCGCAACUUUCCAACUACCAAUGGUCAGAGUCACGUUUUUUUCAUUCUUCCCUCUCUCACUAUCGUAGCCACAAUGGCCAAAAAACCGUUACUCAUCUUACUCCUCCUCCUCGCCGUACUCGCCGGAGCCUCCUCCAACGACGGCGGCGAGCUCGACUACUCCAAGCUCUCCGGCAUUAUAAUCCCUGGCUUCGCCUCCACUCAGCUCCGAGCAUGGUCCAUUCUCGACUGUCCUUUCUCUCCGCUCGAUUUCAACCCUCUCGAUUUGGUCUGGCUCGACACAACCAAACUUCUUUCUGCCGUGAAUUGCUGGCUUAAGUGUAUGGUGCUGGAUCCUUACAACCAGACAGAUCAUCCUGAUUGCAAGUCUCGUCCUGAUAGUGGUCUUUCUGGUAUCACAGAACUCGAUCCAGGUUAUAUAACAGGACCUCUUUCAUCGGUUUGGAAAGAAUGGAUUAAGUGGUGUAUUGAAUUUGGAAUUGAAGCUAAUGCCAUAAUUGCUGUUCCUUAUGACUGGAGAUUGUCACCAUCUAUGCUUGAAGAGCGGGAUCUUUACUUUCAUAAGCUAAAAUUAACAUUUGAAACUGCUUACAAACUUCGUGGUGGCCCCUCUUUAGUUUUUGCCCAUUCAUUGGGUAAUCAUGUUUUCCGUUAUUUCUUGGAGUGGUUGAAGCUAGAGAUUGCACCAAAACAUUAUAUCCAGUGGCUGGAUCAACACAUUCAUGCCUAUUUUGCUGUUGGAGCUCCCCUUCUUGGUGCAACUGAAACUAUUGAAGCAACACUUUCUGGAUUUACAUUUGGUCUUCCUGUAUCCGAGGGGACAGCUCGAUUGAUGUUCAACUCCUUUGGUUCAUCAUUAUGGAUGAUGCCUUUUUCCAAGUACUGCAAAACAGAUAAUAAAUAUUGGAAGCAUUUUUCUGGGGGAAGGCAUGUGGGUAAACAAACUUAUCACUGUGAUGAGCAGGAGUUUCGGUCAAACACAUCAGGGUGGCCAACAAAAGUAAUUAACAUUGAAAUUCCCUCAACUCGUGGAUUUGAUGCAUACCCUUCAUUUUCAGAAAUACCUGAGGCCAACUUGUCCAGCAUGGAGUGCGGACUACCUACUCAGUUAUCUUUCUCAGCCCGUGAAGUAUCAGAUGGCACCUUUUUCAAGGCAAUUGAAGAUUAUGACCCAGACAGCAAGAGGCUCUUGUAUCAGUUAGAGAAAUCAUAUCUUGGGGAUCCUGUUCUUAAUCCCCUUACACCUUGGGACCGGCCACCAAUAAAAAAUGUCUUCUGCAUUUAUGGGACUGAUUCAAAGACAAAGGUUGGUUACUACUUUGCCCCUAGCGGCAAGCCUUACCCUGAUAACUGGAUCAUUACGGAUGUCAUUUAUGAGUUUGAAGGAUCUUUAAUCUCAAGGUCAGGGAAUCUGGUUGAAGGGAACCCUGGAGCCAUAAGUGGUGAUGAGACGGUGCCAUAUCUCUCCCUUUCCUGGUGCAAGAACUGGCUUGGGCCCAAGGUGAACAUAACAAGAGCUCCUCAGUCAGAGCAUGAUGGUUCCGAUGUGCAGAUUAAUUUGAAUGUGGAACAUCACCAUGAAGAAGAUAUUGUUCCAAACAUUACUCGAUUGCCUAAGGUUAAGUACAUAACAUAUUAUGAAGAUUCAGAAAGUCUUCCUGGGAAGAGGACAGCAGUUUGGGAGAUAGAUAAAGCAAAUCACAGGAACAUCGUUAGAUCACCAGUGCUAAUGAGGGAGUUGUGGCUUGAGCUGUGGCAUGAUAUCCAUCCUGAUGCAAAAACGGAGUUUGUCACAAAAGGUAAGCGUGGACCUUUAAGAGAAGAGGACUGUUAUUGGGAUUAUGGGAAAGCUCGUUGUGCAUGGCCAGAGUACUGUGAAUAUAGGUAUGUUUUUGGUGAUGUUCACUUGGGACAAAGCUGCAGGUUGAGAUAUACUACAGCUGAUUUGUUGUCGCAUUAUUUGUAAAUAGUAAGGUGCUGAUGUGAUUACCUUCUGGCAAUUUUUACUGGAUGACACGCUGCAUACGCAAUUUUCAGCUUUUUGGACUCUGGCCGCUCUUUGGCAUUGUAGACUUGCGGGGCCACUGUAUAUCAAGCAAAUUCUUUGUUUGCUCGUUUGGAACUUAGACUCAACUUCUUAAUUCCUCUAUUCAUCCACAAUUUGCACAGUAUAUCUUGGGCCAGAUCACAGUCAAUGUUGUACUAUACUGUUACUAGCAGCGGACUCUCCUCACCGAUAUAUUACCGGUGGCAUCUGAUGUGCGUCUUCAUAUACUCUACAUAUCGAAACUCAGGUUAUUGGCUUCUGUUUGUUGAAACACGAUUUACACUGCCAUUGGUUAAACUAGGUGCACCUUUUUAUUCUUGGUUACUCAAGUGACCAGUUCCCGCAUUGCCAUCCAUGAGAAAUUAUAUAGGUCAAAUUUGUGGUGGAUUUGUAAAUUUGUGCUGGUCAAAAUGGUGAUAUGCUAAAACCCUUUGUUAGAAAAAGUUGACAUGGAAAGUGACAAUACAAAUAGUGUAGACGACAAUAGUGAGGCUGAAAACUUUUGUUCUCUGAUUUCGUAACAUAGACAUUCUUUCACUACAUUUGCCAAUGUCAACUACUUCUCUCUUUAUUUUUACACCACAAAUCUAUGCUGAAACUUGAAAGCUCAGCCUGUUUAACGGUUUAAGAUGUACGAUUCGAAGGUUGAUAAUCAUGUCUUGAUUUUUCA